AUUCGAAUUUCCUAUUUAUAUUUUUGCCAUUUAUCAAAAGUAGACGAAAAAAAUUCAGUAGAGAUUAUAAAUGGAAGAGGAUGAGAGCGAAAAAAAAGAAAUUCACACCUUUCAAUCAUUGGGUGUUAAUGAUGUGUUAAUUGAAUCCUGUAAAAGCCUAAAUUGGGAGACUCCUACCAAAAUACAGAUCGAAGCAAUUCCUGCUGCUCUUCAAGGUAAAGACAUUAUAGGACUUGCUGAAACAGGUUCCGGCAAGACAGGUGCCUUUGCCAUUCCCAUUCUCCAAAAUCUUUUAUCUAAUCCGCAACGUUUAUUUGCCCUGGUAUUGACUCCUACCAGAGAAUUGGCGUUUCAAAUAUGUCAACAAUUUGAAGGACUUGGGGCAUCUUUUGGCCUUAAGUGCGUUGUUAUCGUGGGUGGAAUCGAUAUGAUGACCCAAUCCAUUCUCUUGGCAAAGAAACCUCACAUCAUCGUCGCGACCCCAGGAAGAUUGGUAGAUCAUCUAGAAAAUACUAAAGGAUUCCAUCUCAAAUCGCUCAAAUAUUUGGUAAUGGACGAAGCUGACAGAAUUUUAGAUAUGGACUUCGAAACAGAGGUAGACAAGAUCCUCAACGUCAUACCGAGGGAUAGAAACACUUACCUCUAUUCCGCCACCAUGACGGCCAAGGUUAAUAAACUGCAGAGGGCAUCACUCAAAGAACCCGUCAAAAUUCAAAUUUCGGUUAACAAGUACCAUACCGUGGAGAAGUUGGUCCAGUUCUACCUCUUCAUACCGCUAAAAUUCAAGGUUUAUUUUUUUUGGUCAUUUUAA